AUGGACCCAUUCCGCAACACCAACGCAGUAUCCACCGCAAAAGCCACCACACUCCACACCACCCCAUCAUCCACACCGUUCAACACACUCCCAGCACACUCCUCAUCAUACCAAUCAUACCAAGAAGACAGUUCAGCACCUCCCGCCUACCACACCGUCGUAGACCCCACCCUCCCCAUCCCCAACAUGACAAACCCGUACGACCCCCAAGAAGAAGACUGCGACACGCAAGAAACGCCAGACGAUACACCCGAAAUCACAAUCAACGCCGCGACUCAGAUCCGGGGCCACGGAAACAUCAUCUCCAUUGCUCAGAUGGAUAGCGUGAGGAUAGCGAAUCUCAUUGCUACUGUACUCAGUGGUGAGGCUAUUGAGAUGAGUAAGACGGGGGAGGAGGAUGAUGCUGCUGGCAGGCCGAUUACGCCAGAGAGUCCGACGACGCAGGCGACGGCACGGGGGCAGUGUACGUCUACGACGCAGGUCAGAGGCGUGAAGCGCUAUUCCAACAUCAAUAUUACGGUCAACUGCGGCGCGACUAUCAUUGGGGAUAGGAAUAUCGUGGGACCGGGUUUGGGCGAUAUUGCGAGGCAGAUGCAGAUGGCGCAGAGGAAUCAGGCGGUGUUGCUGGCUCAGCAACGGAUGCAGCAACAGAAUGCUGCUGCAGCGGCGGCGGUGGGAGGACAAGCACAGAGGAUGUCGUCGCCACCGUUACAACAGAGAAAUCUCUCGCCGAAUGGAGUUUUGUUCCCGAUGAAGCCUGCGACGCCUCCGAUGAGUCGCAGUUCUAGUCUGAAUAGCGAGGUGGGAGGUGGGGGGAGGAAGAGGAAGUGUGAGGAUGGUGGGGAGGGGGCUGCUGCGAAGAGGCGUGGUUGA